AUGGCCUUCAACUUCAACUGGUCGCCUCUCACGGCCGAUGCUGGUUUUUACCAGCGCGCCAGGGACCUCCUGACACAGGCGCUCAAUAAGUCGCCCAAGCCUCCUAUCAUCGUUGACGACAUACUUGUCAGUGAGUUCAACCUCGGCACUGUCCCACCCGAUCUGGAGAUUCUCGAGAUUGGCGACCUCGCCGAGGACAGAUUUCGUGGCAUUUUCAAAAUGUGUUACUCGGGCGAUGCCUUUUUGACACUCAAGACCCGCGUUCAGGCAAAUCCACUCAAUACUUAUCUCGACUCAAAGCCGCUCUUUACGUCGCCACAGCCAUUGGCUGCCGCAUCGGGUUUGACUAUCCCUGUUGCCAUUUCUCUCUCCGAAAUUAAGCUCUCAGCAUUCAUCAUUCUCGUCUUUUCCAAGCAAAAAGGCCUGACCAUAGUCUUUCGCAAUGACCCCCUCGAAUCACUCAAAGUAUCCUCGACGUUUGACUCGAUCCAAUUCGUCCGCGACUAUCUUCAGCGAACUAUUGAGCAGCAGCUGCGCAAUUUGAUGAUGGAUGAGUUACCCGCCAUCAUCCAUCGUCUGUCGCUGCAGUUUUGGUGCGCCGAUCAAACACAGAAAGGCACCGAGACACCAACUGCCGACGCUGACAACCAGGGCACGGAUCCUUUCUCGAGUCCUCCUGAAGACCCCGUCGAUUUCAACGGCAAUCCGCUCGAUAUCAAUGCCAUUUCCGAAUUGACCCUGCACGGCGGAGAAAUGCAAUACCUCUUUUCGCAAAAGAACCUGUUACGCCUCGCCGCAUUGACCGACUCGCACCGCACCUUGUCCCUUUUUACCCCCGGCAUUCGCGACGUCGUCUUUCGUGCUUGGUCUGGCCACGCUGAACACUCUGACGUAACAAGUCCUGCGGUGGCUACACCGAGCUUGGCCAAGACGUAUUCGCUCACGGGCGGUGCCAGCACCACCUAUACCUUUUCGGACACGGGUAGCGCCUCCCACGGGUACCUGCCUGCUCGACCCUCACUAUCCAUGCUUAGUUCGGGCCAUAUUCCUCAUUCUGCAUCGGCGUACCGAUCCCGUCCCGGCCGAAAGAAGAAGAAUCGUGUCGUCAAUCUUCGUCGUACCCGUUCCGAGGCAGGCUCCAGCGAUAACAUGUCCGAUACGUCCGACAAUGCAUCUGUCAAUAUGCCCUACUCCGAGCCGCUUGUUGCCGCGUCUCUACCAGAGGAAUCCGAGGAUGAUCGCGCCGUCUCAGAGGAUCUGCAUGCCAGCAAAGUCCGCUUCACGCCUCAGAGCGGUGACAAGGCGCGGGCGCAGGAAAAGACGAGCAAUGACCACAUCCAAUCGCACCAUCAACAAUCCAAGCAUGCCAAGUCUCCCCUGUCCCAGAUCCACGAGGCGGGUGAGGAGACGUCCCCCGCGCAGGACGCCAAGGAGAAGCUCGCGCUGCGCGACAGCGCUUCCGCCACCUCUGACACGUCGUCAGUCAUUCUUGAGCACGCUUGGAUCAUCAAAAUGGCCGGUGAGAUCGCUCGCCGCGUCUAUGAUGAGAAGCAGCGCCACGCCGGUCCUGGCGAGGGCUGGGAAGAGGGCGCCGAGCGUCCUCCACCUCCGGCCUAUGAAGCUGCCAACUAA